UAUAGCAUCGAGAUAGUUUAUUUGAUUUCUAGGACUAGGGUUAAUUGGUAGAGCCAUGGAUUUCCAGAAGAGGAGGGUUCAGUUGCUCCUCUUCAUCGCUGGCAUCAUUGUUCUUAGCAUCACAGGUCCCUUUGCACAGUGAUCACAUUGACACAGAAUGAGCAGGAGCUGCCGGGAGAUUGAACGAAAAGUUCUUCGUCUCCUUCAUGGUCACAAUACUCGCACCCAAAUCACCCAAAUUCAUGCCCAUUUCCUUCGCCAUGCCCUUCAUCAUUCCAACCAGAUCCUCGCCCACUUCGUCUCUGUUUGCACUGCUCUUGAUCAAAUGUCUUACGCCACUCGUAUCUUUUACCAAACCCGCAAUCCCAAUGUUCUCCUCUUCAAUUCCAUGAUCAAAGGCUUUUCUUUAUGUGCCCCCUUUCAGCAAUCCUUCCACUUUUUCUCCCUUAUGAGGGCUUGGAGUAUUUUGCCUGAUGAGUAUACUUUUACGCCUUUGCUUAAGUCCACUUCAAACCUCUGUGAUUACAAACUCGGCCAGUGUGUUCAUGCCCAUCUUAUUCAAGUUGGAUUUGAAGGCCAUGGUUCCAUUCGUAUUGGGUUGGUGGAAUUGUAUACAACUUGCGAGAGAAUGGGAGAUGCCGGGAAGGUGUUCGAUCCAAUGUUUGAUACAGAAGUAAUUGUGUGGAAUUUGAUGAUUCGUGGGUUUUGUAAGACAGGCUGUUUGGAAAUAGGUUUUAAGCUUUUUAGACAGAUGAAGGAACAUGGUAUUGUUUCUUGGAAUAUCAUGAUUUCCUCCCUAGCACAAAAUAAGAAGGACAGGGAAGCCCUUGAACUUUUUCAUGAAAUGUUGGAACUGGGCUUCAAGCCAGAUGAUGCAACCUUGGUCACAGUUCUGCCUGUAUGUGCUCGCCUAGGAGCUUUAGAUGCUGGGAAGUGGAUUUACUCUUAUGCCUGUUCCAGAGGGUUUCAGCGGGAUGUCCCUGCUGUGGGAAAUUCACUUGUUGAUUUUUAUUGCAAGUCUGGAAAUCUUGAAGUUGCGUGGAGCAUUUUUAAUGAAAUGCCUCGCAAAAAUGUUGUUUCUUGGAAUGCAAUGAUAUCAGGUUUGGCUUAUAAUGGGAAGGGUGAACUGGGGCUUGACUUGUUUCAGGAGAUGAUGAAGAAGGGUGUUUCCCCUUCUGACUCAACUUUUACUAGCAUUUUGGCCUGUUGUGCUCAUGCAGGUUUAGCAGAUAGAGGGCUUGAACUCUUUGCUUCGGUGACUGCAAAAUUUCAACUUCAGCCAAAACUCGAGCAUUAUGGCUGUGUUGUAGAUCUUCUUGGACGUUGUGGACAGUUAUGGGAAGCUCAUGACUUGAUUAGAAGCAUGCCCAUGAAGCCUACAGCUGCCUUGUGGGGUGCAUUGCUAAGUGCUUGCCGCACUUAUGGUGAAAGGAAACUUGCAGAAAUUGCAGUGAAAGAGCUUAUCAAUCUUGAACCUUGGAAUUCUGGGAAUUAUGUGUUAUUGUCAAAUAUUUACGCAGAAGAAGGGAAAUGGGAUAAGGUUGAAAAGGUUAGAUUAGUGAUGCAAGAAAACAGCAUCAGGAAAACUCCAGGACAGAGUGCAACUGGAUAGUUGCAAGGUUUGACUUGGCUGAGAAAUGGCUUUGUUUCUUUGUCUUCACAAACUACAGGAAUUCACCAUUUUUCAUGGGUAAAAAUCAUGCCAAAGAAGGCAGUGUUGUGAAGAUUGGAGGAUGCCACCAGUCUUGGCACUUGUCUUUACCUCUAGCCUCCUGUGCAACAAACCAGGAAAAGUGCAUUCAACUACGCAAGUUUCCCUGAAAAAUGUUCGAUAAGCCAAGGAUGGAGAAAUGCUGUUUUGGAAGAGGUUGUAUGUGCACUGUCUCUUGUUGCUUGCUAAGAAACUUUCAAUGUGAUACCCUAAAUUUGGAGAUCUAAGUAAACCUCCCGCUGGGAUGGAGGAUAGGGUUUACAGGUGGCAGAGCAGGAAUGCCUAGUGAUGUGUACCCUAAAAUAUAAUAGGACUAUUUGGAAAAACAUAUAUAUGUCGUGGCGUGCAUGAAUUGUGCGAAUGACUUCAAAGUCUCAUAAUUUUCCUUGUUAAGUGAUCAUUUUCAAAACAGCUUCUUGUUCUCCCCAACAAAUUUCAGUGCAACAGUUCUCCCCCCCCCCUUCUCUUAAUAUUUUUGCUUUGAUUGCUGAAGCCUUCCAUUUACCCUAUCAUGUAGGAUCAGU